UGUGAAAUUUCCCAUUUCCUCUUCAUCGUUUUUCGUUUUGAUUUUUCAUUUGGGUUUAAUGAACCUGCCGCAUUUGUUAGGGACGGGGUCGUCUUUGUUGGUGAACAGGGGAUUUUUCUUCCUCUUACGCAGAGAAAAAAUCUGGGUGGAUGAAAUGAUUGAGCAAAAUUUUCCAGUCUGGAGAUAACAGUGGAGAUGGCGGCGGUGGACGUGGCGGCGCCAUCCGCAACAACUUCUGAUCAGGAGAACAUGGUCUGGCGAGCUCCGGCCAGAUCAUCGGUGAACUUCUGUUUUGUUUUCUCCCUCUCUUUAGUUUGAUCUUCUUUGGAUAGAUUAUCAUUGAGAUAUUCAACUUUUAUAAUGAGGAUGAUCCUUCUAGAGCUCAGAAGCAUAAAGAAUAACUAGAUCAUGCAACGGCACUCUCUUUAGCUGAAGAUUUAAAAAGGUGAAAUUGGUCUCGUUGGCUUAUAGAAAAUGAUGAAUCAAUUGCUAGAGAACUGCAGGACAAGAUGAAUUUAUCUCCAUAUCCUUCUUUUGCCCCCCUUCUCAGUUCCAUCCUGGUGACUACAGGUAUUGUGGUGGCUACAAUCCUGCAAUCAGCUAUGACAAUUAUUUAGGCCCUGUUUGGUAACCAUCAGGUUUUUAGUUUUUAGUUUUUGAAAAUUAAGCCUACAACCAUCUCUACCAUCUCUUAAUUUCUUUCUUUGUUAUCUACUUUUUACUCAUGUUUUGAAAAACGAAGCCAAAUUUUGAAAACUAAAAAAAUAGUUUUUAAAAAUUUGUUUUUGUUUUUGGAACAUGGUUAAGAAUUCAACUUUUGUACUUUUGUAAUUUAUGAAUUCAACUUCAUUUUCAGAAGCCAAAAAUAAAAAAACGAAAUGGUUACCAAAUGGGGCAUUAGUAAUUUAUGAUGUAUGGGCACUUACUUUCAUCAUGAGUGCUUUUGUUAUCCUUCUUGUGGUUAUACUAUUACCGAGCAAGAGGUAUUUAUUCUCUUUUUCCUUUGGUCUUAAGAUCCUAAUUGUGAUUUUCUUCUCCUAGUUAUGCUUCCCACUCUGUUUCCCUUUCCUUCUCAUUCAAGUUCAAGGCUGCAUGCAGAAAUUUACCAUUUAAAAACAAUGUCAUGGGGUAAAAAACAUUCCCCUUCCUAUAAUUAAUUGUAGUUAUAGUUAGCAGUCCAAAUGUGGGUCAUGAAUUUGAGCAUAUGCUGUGCCUUUAGAAAUAAGAAGACUUGGUCGCCUUCCCAACAAUAUAAUUAAUAUUAUCAAUCAUUUUUAAAUGUUUGAUUUUGGAAAAGGGGGAAAAAUUAAAAUAUGUUUAAGUUGUGACUUUGUAAGGUUGACUAACCAACUUCGUCAAAUUGGUCUAUUUGAAGAUGAUAAGAACAUUUUGAACCUAUUUAUUUGAAAAAUAAAGGGACUCCAUUAGCAGCAUCAAUAGAGAAUUAGGAGAGGCCAACAAUGAAGGUUGGAAGAAAUGGUAGCUUCUCAUAUCUUCUUCUUCUUCUUAUUUCUCUUACAUUUCUUUUUUCAACAUUUUGCUUUGGGAAAGAUAGCAGGCAGCUGACAGCAAGGAAUUUCAUCAGAGACCAUGAAACUAUAUCAUCCAAUGACAGUUCGUUCAAGUUGGGGUUCUUCACACCUCUUAAUGCAACGGCCCGGUACGUUGGCAUUUGGCUCACAAAAUAUUCUCAACAAACCAUAGUAUGGGUAGCCAACAAAGACAAUCCUCUCAAUAAUACUUCAGGGAGUUUUAGAAUCUCGGAGGAUGGGAACAAUCUUGUGGUCAUGGAUGGAAACGAUGUCAUCCUUUGGUCUUCAAACGUUUCUUAUUCUUCUACGACAAACAGAAGCGCCCGAGUUUUAGAUUCGGGGAACCUUGUUUUGGAAGAUGAUGCUUCUGGGGAGAUUAUAUGGGAGAGUUUCAAACAUCCUUCGGAUAAAUUCUUGCCUUCCAUGAAAUUUAUAACAGACACAAAAACCAACGAGAAAGAUAUGCUUACCUCAUGGAAUAGCCCUAUAGAUCCAUCCACUGGAAAUUUUUUUGGAGCUCUUGAAGUUGGUUUUAUUCCUGAAUUUGUUGUUUGGAAGAGAAGUGGUAAUAUCCAUUGGCGAUCUGCUCCAUGGAACGGUCUGUCUUUUAUGGGAAUACCCGAUAUGGAUUCCAGUUAUCUCUCUGGAUAUAACCUUGAUAUUGAGUACAAUACUUACACUAUAUAUGUUGCUAACACUACCUAUCAUGGUAAAAAAUAUGGGUAUGUACUUCUAAGCUCACUAGGGAAUCUUGAACAAACGUCCUGGGAUGAUGAAAAACAGCAGUGGAUGGUUACUUGGUCGGCUCUACAAACACCUUGUGAUUACUAUGGUGCUUGUGGGACAUUUGGGAUUUGUAAUGGAAAAGCAUCUCCUAUUUGCAGCUGUAUGAGUGGGUUUAAACCUAAAGAGGAAGAGGAGUGGAAUCAAGGGAAUUGGAGUGGUGGAUGUGUGAGAAAAACGCCAUUGAAGUGUCAGAACUCAAACCUUAGCGAAGAAGAUGGUUUUCUUAUGUUGGAAAUGGUCAAAGUCCCUUAUUUUGCUCAGUGGUCUAAUUCCUCUAGUUCAAUAAAGGAUUGCGAAAGCAAGUGCAGGCAGAAUUGUUCGUGUACUGCUUAUGCCUAUGAAAAUGGUCUUCGUUGUAUGCUGUGGAAUAACCACUUAAUUGAUAUACAAAAGUUUGAGAGUGGUGGAACCAAUCUUUACUUUCGAUUGGCACAUCAAGACGUAUAUGCAGAUGAAGUGCAAGACAAGAAAAGAAUCAUAAUAACCAUUGUGGUAAUAGUGCUACCAAUAACGCUUCUCAUCUUCAUCAUUGCCAUAUACUUCUGGUGGAGAAGGAAAAGUUGCAGAAAAGAUGAGAGAAGCAUGACAUCUACCAAAGAAGAAAAUGUUUUCAAGUUGAUAAUAAGGAAUGACACGAUUGGGGGUAAAAUUAAAUUGGAGGAGCUGCCUCUUUUUGAUUUUGAGACGCUUGCCAUUGCAACAAAAAAUUUUGACUCGAGUUACAAGCUUGGCCAGGGCGGUUUUGGUCCCGUAUAUAAGGGACGAUUGUUAGAUGGACAGGAAAUAGCAAUAAAGAGACUUUCAAAAGCCUCUAAGCAAGGCUAUGAAGAAUUUACAAACGAAGUGAUAGUAAUUUCAAAACUACAACAUAGAAAUCUUGUGCGGCUUCUUGGAUGUUGCAUUGAAGGGGAAGAGAAGAUGUUAAUAUAUGAGUAUAUGCCCAACCUAAGUUUGGAUGCAUUCAUCUUUGACUCUGCGAAACAAAAACUAUUAGAUUGGAGAAAACGGUUUAACAUCAUUGAUGGAAUUGCCCGAGGUCUUCUUUACCUUCAUAGAGAUUCAAGAUUGAGAAUUAUUCAUAGAGAUCUAAAGGCAAGUAAUAUUCUAUUAGACGAAGAUCUAAACCCUAAGAUUUCAGACUUUGGUAUGGCAAGAAUAUUUUGUGGUAACGAAUUACAAGUCAAUACUUCAAGGAUUGUUGGAACCUAUGGAUAUAUGUCACCUGAAUAUGCAAUGCAAGGACAAUUUUCAGAGAAAUCAGAUAUCUUUAGUUUUGGAGUUUUGUUACUUGAGAUUAUAAGUGGCAAAAGAAAUACAGGAUUCUAUUGCAACGAAUAUGCCUUGAGCUUAUUGGAAUUUGCAUGGAAGUUAUGGAGGGAAGACAAUCUUAUUUCUUUUAUCGAUCCAACAUUAAAUGAAUUGUGUUGCGAAUCAAAGAUUGUGAGGUGCAUUCAAGUAGGGUUGUUAUGUGUUGAAGAAUCUAUAAAUGAUAGACCAAAUGUCGGAACAAUUAUUUCGAUGCUCAACAAUGAAACUGAAGAUAUGCCUAUUCCAAAACAACCUAGCUUCAUUGGUAAACAACUUCAAAGUAACAUAAAAGUGUCUCAAUCAUGCGGAAAUAAAUAUUCUGUAAACAACCUUUCACUUUCCUCAUUUGCAGCUCGAUAGUAACAUUGUAAUCCUCCUACCUUGUUAAAAAUUUGUUCCAUUUAUUCUCCAAA